UAAAAACAAACCCUAAACCCAUCGGCAACCUCGCGCGUGUUCGAGAGGAGAGGUUCAGCUCGCUCGCUAUUGAUCAGUGCUCGAGAUCGUAGAAGCAUGGAAUUGGAGGAGGAUACGAAGCCGAAGAGCGUUCCGGUGUUGCCAUGGAUGCGUAGCCCGGUUGACAUCGAUCACUUCGAUGAGUGCCCUCUUGGCCUCCUCCCCUGCCUCGAUCCCAGAUUGGAGGAUGCUUUAAAGAAGAUUGGUGUUCAUUCACUCUUUCCUGUGCAAGCAGCAGUAUGGCAGGAAACAAUUGGUCCUGGUGCCUUUGAACGCGAUAUUUGUGUCAACUCACCGACAGGGAGUGGUAAGACUUUGGCUUAUGCUUUGCCUAUAGUGCAAAUGCUCUCAACUCGGAAAGUAAGAUGCUUGCGUGCUCUAGUGGUGCUGCCUACUCGGGAUUUAGCUUUGCAGGUCAAGGAGGUGUUUGCUUCUAUUGCUGCUUCAGUUGGCUUGAGUGUAGGCUUGGCAGUUGGUCAAUCUUCCAUUGCGGAUGAAAUCUCAGAGCUUAUUAAGAGACCAAAGUACGACAUGGGUGUAUCUUUGGAUCCCGAAGACUUACAUGUUGAGCUACAAAGUGCUGUGGACAUAUUAGUAGCUACUCCUGGAAGGUUGAUGGAUCACAUAACCACUACAAAGGGUUUUACUCUUGAACAUCUGUGUUACUUGGUUGUUGAUGAAACUGACAGGAUGUUAAGAGAGGCUUAUCAGUCCUGGUUGCCAACUGUGCUUCAGCUUACUUGUUUGAAUGAUCAAGCAAUAUUUAACCAAGCAAGAAGUGGGCUAAAUUUGUUCAAUUCCUUGACUACAUUAAGGAGAUCAGGUGUUGAAAGGGGCUUUAAAGGUAAAACCUACCCAAGGCUUGUCAAGAUGAUUCUUUCUGCCACACUAACUCAAGAUCCGAGCAAGCUUUCUCAACUUGCUUUGCAUCACCCUUUGCUCUUGACAAGUGGGGACAGCCGCUACAAACUUCCUGAAAAGUUGAAAUCAUACAAGCUGAUUUGUGAGUCAAAACUGAAGCCAUUGUACCUAGUUGCUCUUCUACAACAUUUAAGUGGGGAAAAGUGUCUGGUUUUCACUUCUUCUGUUGAAUCAACACACAGGCUCAGCGUCUUACUGAACUUUUUUGGAGACUUGCCUUUUAAAUUUAGUGAAUAUUCGGGUCUGCAGCGCCAGUCUGUAAGAAGCAAAACAUUGUCAGGGUUUCGGGAUGGGGAAAUAGACGUGCUUGUUUCUUCAGAUGCAAUGACUCGAGGAAUGGAUGUCGAGGGGGUUAGAAAUGUUAUCAACUAUGAUAUGCCCCCUUAUAUCAAGACAUAUAUACACAGAGCAGGCCGGACUGCAAGGGCAGGCCAGUCAGGGAUGUGUUUUACCUUGUUGAGAAAAAAUGAGGUCAAACGCUUCAAGAAAAUGCUUCAAAAAGCUAAUAAUAACUCAUGCAGUGUUUAUCCACUCGCUGCCGAGUCAAUUGAACAUCUUCACCCUUUGUAUUCUUCCGCUUUGGCCAAGUUAAAGGAGGUUGUGCAGUCAGAAACAAGAAGCAAAGUAAACACUGGUUUUAACCGACGAAAAGCUAGUAAAAGAAAGAAAGACAACAACACGAUGCAAGAAUAAUCAAAUCUUCGAGGAUUUCAUUAACAUGAACAUUGGAGAAAACAAAUUCACAAUCGGGUUUCUUGAAAAGGAUCCAAACAUGGAUGAAGCUGCAAAUCAGAAAUGAUAGAAGGUGCAUAAUACUCUUCCAUCUUGAACAACUCUGAAGCUAGAACAUCACAUUUACAUGCAAGUUUUGGAAUUGUAUCCUGAUUCUCUCUUUUUCAAUGAAAUUUUGUGUUUAAUUUA